UUCCCAGCAAUUAAUCUUCAAUAUGAGCCUUGUUCAUUCUUUUUGCUUACCUUUUUCUUUGUAAAAUAAAGAUUCUUUUUCUUAACAUUAAAGCAGAAGAAAAAGUGCAAUGAGGGAGGUAGCGAGAGGUAAUAGACUUACAAUGUUAAACCCCAGGGAUUGGAGAAAACUAAUAGCAUGACUUGUUUCUAGGAAAUCGGCAAAAAACUCGAAACAGUACCUGAAACCCUUUUGAAACCUGAAGCUCCAAAUCAACCUCAAAGGGUCCCAAGUGCCUCCAAAACCAUGAGACCGCCAUCUGUCUAGAGAGAAAAGAUCUGGGUGUGCAGCUUUCUUGGGAAGAUAAGAAUCCAUUGUUUGAAUUCCACUAUACAGGUCAAUAAAGGAGAGACAAUUAUGAUCAGUUCCAAUUAGAGAAGAAGUUUUUUCUUAAAUUCCGAGCUUACAGGGCUCCCAAGUCCAAUAGAGAUAGAAAGAUCAAGGAAACAUAAAAGUGGCUUCAGAACCUAACACUUAGAGCUCCUUGAGCUUUUAAGCAGCAAAGAAUUUCCGUAGGCAAAAACCAGCACAAGAGGUGACUCAAAGUCCUGCACCAAUGAAUCCAGCUGCCGCUGCUAACCAGAAAGAAGAGUUCAAAUUGAAGGACACAAAGCCCCAGUUAGGAGAACGAUGGCCUCAUGGAGGAAUGCGCGGCGGUGGUGGUUGGAUUAGCAGUGAAAGAGCAACAAGUACUUAUGAUCUUGUUGAACAGAUGUUUUAUCUCUAUGUCAGGGUUGUUAAAGCCAAAGAUCUGCCCACUAAUCCUGUUACCGGAAACAUUGAUCCUUAUGUCGAAGUGAAGCUGGGGAAUUAUAAAGGAAAAACACAACAUUUGAGAAGAAAACAACCGGAAUGGAACCAAGUCUUUGCAUUCUCAAAGGAGAAGUUACAGUCUUCAAUUCUAGAGGUAUUUGUCAGGGAUAGGGAGAUGGUCGGCAGAGAUGAUUAUGUAGGAAGGGUGAUCUUCGAAAUGAACGAAGUGCCCACACGGGUUCCACCUGAUAGCCCUUUAGCACCACAAUGGUAUAGAUUAGAAGACCGUCGAGGGGAUAGCAAGGUGAAAGGAGAGGUUAUGCUUGCGGUCUGGAUGGGAACACAAGCUGAUGAGGCUUUUCCAGAAGCCUGGCAUACCGAUGCUACUUCAGUUCAAGGAGAGGGUGUUUUCAAUAUCCGAUCAAAGGUUUAUGUCUCUCCAAAACUGUGGUACCUCAGAGUGAACGUGAUUGAAGCUCAAGAUGUAGAGCCACAUGACCGAAGCCAAUUACCACAGGCUUUUGUUAAGGCUCAAGUUGGAAACCAAAUACUCAAAACCAAGCUAUGUCCCCAGAAGACGAUAAAUCCCAUGUGGAAUGAAGAUUUAAUAUUCGUAGCAGCUGAACCUUUCGAGGAGCAACUGUAUCUAACAGUUGAAAAUAAAGUGACCUCUGCAAAGGAUGAAGUUAUGGGGAGGUUAAUCUCGCCCCUCCACAUCUUUGAAAGGCGCUUGGAUCAUCGGCCAGUUCAUUCAAAAUGGUUCAACCUUGAAAAAUUUGGAUUUGGUGCUCUGGAGGGAGACAAGAGGCACGAACUCAAAUUUUCAAGCAGGGUUCACCUUAGAGUAUGUCUUGAAGGAGCUUACCAUGUGCUGGAUGAAUCGACCAUGUAUAUAAGUGACCAAAGGCCAACUUCCAGGCAGCUUUGGAAGAACCCAAUUGGGAUCCUGGAAGUGGGCAUCUUAAGUGCUCAAGGUCUUCAACCGAUGAAGACCAAAGACGGUAAGGGAACCACGGAUUCUUACUGUGUGGCUAAAUAUGGGCAGAAGUGGGUUCGCACGAGAACUAUAAUGGAAAGCUUCAAUCCGAAAUGGAAUGAGCAAUACACUUGGGAGGUCUAUGACCCUUGCACAGUAAUCACAUUGGGAGUUUUUGACAACUGCCACUUGGGUGGAAGUGAAAAACCAGCUUCAGGUAGUGGAGGUAAAAAUGAUUCCAGAAUAGGAAAGGUAAGAAUUCGAUUAUCUACCCUGGAAACAGAUAAGAUUUAUACAAACUCUUACCCUCUUCUUGUUCUACAAACAUCUGGAUUGAAGAAGAUGGGGGAGCUUCAGUUAGCAGUUAGGUUCACGUGCCUCUCUCUGGCAAAUAUGAUAUACCUCUAUUGGCAUCCCUUGCUGCCAAAAAUGCAUUAUUUGCAUCCCUUCACUGUAAACCAGUUGGAUAGCCUGAGAUAUCAGGCCAUGAACAUUGUUGCAGUGAGGCUUGGCCGAGCUGAGCCACCACUGAGAAAAGAGGUUGUGGAGUAUAUGUUGGAUGUGGAUUCCCACAUGUGGAGCAUGAGAAGAAGCAAAGCUAACUUCUUCAGAAUUGUCUCUCUGUUUUCGGGCGUGAUAGCUAUGAGCAAGUGGCUUGGUGAGGUUUGCCACUGGAAGAAUCCUGUCACUACUAUCCUAGUACAUGUACUGUUUUUCAUAUUGAUCUGCUAUCCAGAAUUAAUCCUGCCAACCAUUUUCUUAUACAUGUUUCUUAUUGGGAUUUGGAAUUACCGAUUCCGACCAAGGCAUCCUCCUCACAUGGACACCAAGCUGUCAUGGGCAGAAGUAGUUCACCCAGAUGAACUGGAUGAAGAGUUCGACACUUUCCCAACAUCCAAGGCUCAAGAUGUAGUGAGGAUGAGAUAUGACAGGCUUAGAAGUGUGGCGGGAAGAAUUCAGACAGUGGUAGGAGACAUGGCAACUCAAGGGGAGAGAUUUCUGGCUCUACUCAGCUGGAGAGACCCCAGAGCAACUAGCCUCUUCGUAAUAUUCUGCCUAAUUGCUGCAGUGGCACUGUAUGUGACACCAUUCAAGAUAAUGGCUUUGGUUGCAGGAUUAUUCUGGCUACGCCAUCCCAGGUUCCGGAGCAAGCUACCUUCAGUACCAAGCAAUUUCUUCAGGAGAUUGCCCUCUAGAGCUGAUAGCAUGCUCUGAAGAAAUAGAAGUUAGCUUUACCACAAUUCCGAUUUUUAUUCCCUUUUAUCUUUCUUUCCUUGUCCUUCCAAUAAAAUAGGGGGCUUUGUUGUA